CACUGGUACUGUUGUUCCUACGCGCGUCCGUCCCUCAGCCCGCGGUCGUGUUGUCUUCAGUGUUUCCGCUGGUCACGGCAGUAGUGAGGAGCAUCUACUUACUUGCUGAACUGUGAGCAUUGCUGUUUGGCUGGUGAUGUGACAAGUGAAGAGCCUUCCCUGGGAUCCGCCACCACCAUAACUGAUGCCACAAGCACCUGUCAAAGUCACAGGAACGACACUGAAUGAAAAGUUAAUACUGAAGGCCAAAAGUGAGCUGGUCCCAUUGAAAGGAAUGUUUCGAUGAUGGUUGUGGUGGACUUAAGAGUUUCCACGAUCUUGGCUUAAGUGGAGGUGUGUCUGUGUUGGUGAGGCAAGGACGGUGGAUAUGAAAAUGCUGCUGUUGUGAUAUAGUGGUGUCUAUCUCCUUGAGGGUGAUUGGAAAAUCUAGCUCUUCAUCAUGGCUUCUGGGUUUGAAGAUGACAAUGUACUGGUAACAAUGUCAAGGAUGGUGAGGCUAUGCUGCCCAGACCCCGCCACAACGCUGACAGCGCCGCCAUUACUCUCCUACGGCUCUUUGGUGGAGCAUCCCCGUCAGGUUACCAGCCUCUUAGGCGGUCUUCAUCGGGGCCAGAGCGGCCGCUACACUAUCCUGCCUACUAUAUCCGUGGUGGCACCAUGGGAUGACCCUGUUCACCACAACCUUGUCAAGGACAGUGCUCUGAGUGACAGCAACGCGGUAACUUACGUGGUUGCACCCACGCCUGUUCUCCCACCGCCCACUCCCACCGCCCGGCCUUCAUGGCUGGGUGACGCGGCACUCAACGCCACCCACCGCUUCUACAACGUGCUGCGGGCGGUGAUGCACGGCGGGGAGCUCGAGGCGCGUCCCGCCCUUAGGGGCGAGGACAGGCGUGGUGUGGAGGAGUUCUCGACGGGAGUGACGCCGCGGCCAUCCACUCAGACUGUCAUCAAUUCUGGUCUAGACCCGGCCAUCUCGCCCCUUGUCCAGGUGUGCGCGGCUUUGGCGGUGGUGGUGGUGGUGAUGGUACUACUCUUCCACUGGCAUCACCUGCGUCAAGAGUGUCUGAGGGAGCGCCGCGCCCUCCGCCGGCUUGCUCGGCGAUAUGGCAUGGCUCGUGAUCUCCAUCCAGAAGACGACGACUUAGAGAAAAACGACUCCUCUCAUGUGACGGACGUAACGCUCUGAGACACACACACACACACACACACACACACACACACACACACACACACACACACACACACACACACACACACACACACACACACGCUACUGCCUAAUUUAACAGCUAGUGAUCAGAGAGAUAACGCUAAUUGACACUUACUUCUUCGGCGGACACUUUUUUUUUUUUUAAACCAUUUUUUUCAGUAAGCAUGUUCGUGUGAGUAUACAUCAAGACUAUUUCAUUGCUGUCAAAACGAAAAAUAGCUAUACGGCAAUGUUCUGUGAUUCACUCACGGUAAAGAGACGAGAUGUAACACGCCGCAGCCAGGAUGUAAUGCAGAUGUGCAGAUGACACCGUGCCCCAGUGGGUGGUGAAAUAGACUCUGUAAGAACAUAAGACGAAAGGAACUAAUUUGAAUCUGAUGAUUUACUGUCCACGCAAGCAUUCUCAGGUGUUCUCUGCUGAACUGAGGACUUUUCUCAUUCCCCAGAUCCAACGCUGAGUUUACUUGAAGAUUACAAAGGGA